CAGGACCAGCCCGAACGCAAGCCUUCUCGAAAAUCCGUUGCCUUUACCGACGAACAGCUGGUAGUCGAAACCGACGGCUCAAUAACCAUCAUGAGCGCCGCCGAGGAACCCAAGGAGACGGCCCAGUCACACACGCCUCGUACGCCGCCUCUGUCUGCCGCCCUCGAGGCCUUUACUGAUCCUUCAUCUCAAGCCGCCGCCGACGAGCCUGCCCCUCCUGAAGAUGGCGGUCUUGACCUGUCUCUGCUGAAGAAGAAGAAGAAGAAGAAGAAGGUGGAGGGUGUUGAUGGCGAGGCUGAGGCUGAUGAGGGGGCCGCCCCCGCCGAGGAUGGCGGUCUUGACCUGACGAUGAAGAAGAAGAAGAAGAAGGCGAAGAAGGCCGAGGGUGCUGAGGAGGACGAGUUCACUGCCAAGCUGAAGCAGCUCGAGGUUAAGGACACCGAGGGUGCCGAGGAGGCAACUCAACAGGAGGAGGGCGACAUGGAGGCGGGCACCGGUGUCUGGGGCCACUCAGAGUCCAAGACCAUCCCCUACACCCUCCUCCUCUCCCGCUUCUUCACCGUCCUUUCACAAAAGAAUCCCGACCACUCGCUCAGCGGCACCAAGAGCUACAAGAUUCCUCCGCCUCAGUGCAUGCGUGAAGGCAACAGGAAAACUGUCUUUGCCAACAUUGCCGAUAUCUGCAAGCGCAUGAAGCGAACCGAGGAGCACGUCACCGCCUACUUGUUUGCCGAAUUGGGCACAAACGGCUCCGUUGACGGAAGCAGGAGAUUGGUCAUCAAGGGUCGAUUCCAGCAGAAGCAGAUUGAGAAUGUCGUCAGAAAAUACAUCAUCGAAUACGUUACUUGCAAGACCUGCAAGUCGCCCGAUACCGAGCUGAACAAGGGUGAGAACCGUCUGUACUUCAUCACCUGCAACAACUGCGGUUCACGACGAAGUGUCACCGCCAUCAAGACGGGUUUCUCUGCCCAGAUCGGCAAGAGAAAGAAGAUGCAGGGUUAA